AUGAAGUAUGAAUCUCUGGGUUUGCUACAUGAGCUGUUUACCAAACAAGCCUUAAAGACACCCGACAGGAUCGCCGUACAUGCCGUGGAUGACCGAGAAGUCACAUUUAAAGAACUGAAUGAUUGGACGGACAUUCUUGCCACAGCUUUACAGAAUAGAGGGGUACUACCAAAUACCCCGGUUGGUCUCUAUCUAGAAAAAGGCAUCGAGUUCGUCAUCACCUACAUCGCCGCUUUAAAAUCAGGUGGUGCAUAUCUACUCAUAGACUCGAGUUACCCAAAGCACUUAGUGAAAGCCAUACUAGAAGAUGCUAAGCCCAAUGUGGUCGUGACUGUACCAGAAACAACUGCUAUACUAGAAGAAAGUGGUGCCAGAAAUAUCAUUAUUCUUGAUAAAGUCUGGCAAGAAAGAUUAGCUGCAGAAAAUGAAUCAAGACCUAAACCGAAAUCUCCUGAUGUCCAUUUAGAUUGUAUGGCUUACAUUGUUUAUUCUUCUGGUACUACUGGCAAACCUAAAGGCAUUAUGUGUCCUCAUCGUGGCGCUGUAUUCUCAUAUACAUGGAGACAUGAAGCCUAUCCUUACCAAGAUGAUGACAGAGAAGCUUGUAAUAUUUUUUUUACUUGGGAACUACUCAGACCAUUGUUGAAAGGAAUCACUUUAUAUCCAAUACCAAAUAAUGUUAUAUUUGAUAUGCCUAUUGUCACCAAUUUAUUAGAGAAGAACAAUAUCACCAGAAUGUUGGUAACACCGUCUCUACUAGAAACUAUUAUAAAUACAUCUAACAUCGAUCUUCAGAAGGCUUUUCAAUCAUUCAGACAAAUUUGGUUUUGUGGUGAAGUAGUAACGACAGCUCUACUUGGUAACUGUAUGAAACUAUUUCCUACUAUAAGAUUCAUUAACCUAUACAGUGUAUCAGAAUGUCAUGAUGUAGCUGCCGGAGAUUUAACAGAGAUGUAUGAAAAGGACAAGGAUACCUUGAUGUCCAGAAAGUUUUGUCCUGUUGGUCAAUUGUUACCUGGUGUAGAAGUUGUUAUAUUAAAUGAUGAGAUGAUUCCACAAUCUAUAGGUCUUCCGGGAGAGAUUUAUGUUGGUGGACCUACUCUUGCAUUAGGUUACCUCAACAAUCCUAAAGCACAAGCAGCCAAAUUUAUCAAACGACCAGAUACUGUACCAAGUAAAAUCGGUGACAGAUUAUAUCGAACUGGGGACUGGGGAUAUGUUCUAGCCGAUGGGAGUCUGGAAAUCUGCGGACGCUGUGACUCCAUGGUCAAAAUUCGUGGUUACUCAAUCGAAGUUCAGGCUGUAGAAAAUGCAUUUAAAAGUUUAUCGUGUGUAAGGAACAGUGUAGUGUUAGUAAGAGGGGAGGAAGGAGAAGAUAAGUACCUCAUAGCUUACAUUGUCCUCGAUAUAGUUAUUACCAAGAAAGACAUCCGACAAAAACUGAAGCGAAAGUUGCCGUUUUAUAUGAUACCGUCCUUUAUUGUGAUACUUGAGAAAAUUCCAAUCUUAGAAGCGUCUGGUAAACUGGACACUAAAGCUCUUCCACCUCUAGAUCGACAAACUGUUGGUGAGGAUUCUGAUGGGAAACCAAAGACACCAACAGAGACCAGUCUUGCUAGGAUCUGGAGUCAAGUGCUUUCUAUUAGUGAUAUUGAUAUUGAGGAGAGCUUCUUCGAUAUGGGAGGUCAUUCUCUACUGGCCGCCCAGCUCCUGAAUAAAGUUAGAGAAGAAUAUAAAGUAAAUGUAAGCGUCAAAGAACUGUUCACUUUCCCAACGGUUCAAGGCUUUGCUAAGCUGAUAGAUAGCAAAUUCGGAGUAGCUGCUCUUGACGACACUGAUACCGAUGUUCCUGUAUUGGAUUUACCGGCUGAAGUUGAGAAACACGACCAACGUUCUAUAAUUAUAGAUAUGCAGCUUCGUGCCUUUUGGAGAACAUUUCACUAUGGUCAUCAUUUCCAAAGUGGAAGAAUCUUACUGACUGGUGCUACUGGUUUUCUUGGUGCCUUCAUUCUACGAGAACUACUCUUAUCCACAAAGAUGUUUGUAUACUGUUUAAUAAGAGACCAGUCAGACAUGAGUUUGGAAGACAGACUCCAUAAAACAUUAAUAACCUACGGCAUCAUUACCGCCUCCGAGAGUAGGCCCACAGAAGAACAACAGAGAUGCUCUGAGUUACUGAAGGGAAGAGUUCGACUGAUAAAAGGUAGCUACCUGUUGAAAUUUGCCAAUUUUGCCUUUUUUGAAAAUCCAAAUUUUGCAGCUUCACCACGGCCAAACCAACUGAGAUAG